UAUAACAAAGUUCAUGUAUAUUCAAAAGCUAAAAUAAAGGCUGGCUCACUCCACAUGGUUCUUAUGUUUUUUUCUUAAAAAAAAAAAAAAAAUAGAGCAAAAUCAAAGCUUGCAAGUAAUUGAACAUAGCGUAUAAAUUUAAGGCACGCAACUCCCACUUCACACAAGCAUCGUGUCCCCUCAAUCCAACAACAAACCACAACACAGGCUUAUGGUGUUUUUCCCUUCCUCAGUUCCUCACUUCAUUUCCCACAAUCUGUGUUCCCCUCAAACCCCAAAAAUGACUAUAAAUACCUAUUGGGCUUUGCACAUGGAUUCAUGCAAAUCUCCCCAAUUUUGGUGGAGAUGGCUCCAAUUACAGCAUGGGUCUACAUGGGCUUCUUGCUCUCAACGUCACUCAGACUCGGUUGCUCUCGCUGGAUUCCUGUGCGCCACCCUUCCGCUACAGAAUCCCAAGACACCGCCCUCCAUCAUCCUGGACUUAUUGCAGCUACAACCCUGUCAUGGGGAAUUGGCCAGGGAUCCGGUUCCGGAGUUGGAACUGGUUCUGGUUAUGGCAGUGGUAGUGGUAGUGGCUACGGCAGCGGGUCGGGCAGUGGAAGCGGUAGCGGCUAUGGAAGUGGCGGAAGUGGUAGCGGCUAUGGAAGUGGCGGAAGUGGUAGUGGCUACGGCAGUGGAAGCGGUAGCGGCUAUGGAAGUGGCGGAAGUGGUAGCGGCUAUGGAAGUGGCGGAAGUGGUAGUGGCUACGGCAGUGGGUCGGGCAGUGGAAGCGGUAGCGGCUAUGGAAGUGGCGGAAGUGGUGUCGGCUAUGGGAGUGGCAGUGGCUCUGGAGGGCUUGGGAGUGGCCAUGGCAGUGGUUGGGGCUCUGGGGGCUCUGGUAGUGGGUACGGGUCUGGAUCUGGGAGCGGUUAUGGGUCUGGAAGUGGAUCUGGUUCCGGGUGGGGAAGUGGGGGUGCAUUUGAGCCACCCUAUGAACCACCAACAGUUGAGCCACCUUGCGAGCCACCAAUAUUUGAGCCCCCAAUAUUCGAACCGCCCUAUGAGCCGCCGCCCUUUGAGCCCCCUUUUGAGCCGCCGCCCUUUGAACCGCCUUUUGAGCCGCCAUGUGAGCCACCAACUCCACAUGAACCACCAUGUGAACCACCAGCACCCUUUGAGCCGCCAUCAUAUGAGCCGCCAUCCUUUGAGCCACCACCCUUUGAGCCACCAUGUGAGAUGGAACCACCAUGCGAAGAGCCUGGGCCAGUACCAUGUCCUCCACGCGGAGGAGCAGUUUUUGGCAGUAUGAAGUGUGGACUAAAAGCCCAUUCGGACACCAAAGAAGCCAUCAAUGAGCCCAACAGAACCGAGCCCAUGCUAUCAAGUAUGGGGCCCGCAUGAAAGCCGAUUCAAAAUGAA